UGAACAUUAAUUGGGAAUUAAUAAUGCCAGGUUUUUCAUCAAGACAUCAAUCAUGAGGGUUUUCAAAGGAAGACCUAAAAAAUUGGGGUUUAUCAACAAAAGAGAAUAAAUACAUAGUCCAAGGAAAUUAUGUAUUUACUUCUAAAAAUAAAACAAACUUAUUGAACCCUGAUAAGUUUAGAGCAAAGGAUAGAAACAGCAGGAUUUCACAAAACAGUUCCAAUGCAACCAUCUUCAGUGAGUUUAAAAGAAAUCACCCCCUUUCUGGAACAAACUCUGGAUGUAUGACAAACUGAAGUUCUCCGAAUAGCAAGAAGGCAGACAUAACCUCUGUUAAUAAAAGUUUUAGGAGUUCUCUGACCAAACAUUUUGAGUUUCCCAAAAUAAAUUCCCCUGCUCCUAUCAAGAAGAGGGUAAUCAGAAGACUAAAUGAGAAAGAUUUCUUUAUCAAAAGGACAGCGUAUGAGAUACUAGAAGAUGAUCCUCAACAUAUUGCAAAGCCAUACUUUGUACUAAAAGACUUAAAAGCUAGUAAAGUACACAAAUAUAAGUAAUGUGCAAACCAGAAAUUUAAAAUAUAAAAAGAAUGAACUGGUGAAGCGUUACCACAGCAAAAUUUAUACUGGAGAGUUAGAUAAGUAUGCUAAACACAAGCUUGAUCUCUUCAUUCAAAGAAAAGUAUUCCAAAAGAAUACAAGUCUUAGAGGAAUUGCAGAUAUUUCAAUGGCGUUCCUAUCCAAUCCCUAGCCACUCAGAAUUGGAUAGUUCAUAUUUGGUUUUUAUUAUAAUCAGGU